AUGGUUCGUCACAGACAUUCUGACAUGCGGCGCGACUUUGACAUGGGAGGACGACCGCCUCGGGGCCAAUACACUGUCAUUCGGAGUACCUUCACCACCUCCCAGUCCCGACACAGGGGCAAUCCGGGACAGAGCAUGCUUCCCGGCGACAGCAUGGCCGGCCCUUCUCGACCGAGGCGACACAGCCAGAAUCGAGCCGAUCCGAUUCCCAAUUGGAUCGAUGAGUUGCCCAGGGACUACCCUCCACCCCCUCCCAUGAGGCCUGCACCUCCUCCCAGGACCCAAUUCGGCCAGUUCCAGCAAGCAACUUCUGUCACCCCGAGCAACUCCAUCUCACGAUUUGACCGUCAGUCAUCCCGGAGCUUCCGAGAGGGCCGAACUGGGCUCUCCCGGGAUGACAUGCCUCGAGGAAGUUCUGGUCUUGCGAGGCAGCGUGACUCGCAGUUUCUCAACCAGAGAGACACCUAUGGGUACGACCAGAGACCAAACGAUCUUUAUCGGCCCAACGAUCCACAGUGGGCUGGUGCCGAACCUGAGACGCCACGGGUGGUGAACAAUUACUUCACGACAAACAACCACCAGCAGUACAACGUGGACAACAGCCGACACCAGAGAGUGAACGCCCAGGGUCAAGUCAACACCCAGAACAUUCGGCACCACUCUAUUCGCAGCACCCGGGGCGAUACCGUCGACAACUCGAGGACCACGCAGCGCCUCUCAUCCUCGGGUCACCAGCACCACCGACGGAGCCGUCACCACGGCGAGUACCGCGGCUAG